CCAAGGAGAUCCCAACCUCACGAUGCCGUCCAUCCGCCCGUUGAGUCCCGAGCUCCAGAAGAACGCCAUCGAGAAGCUGAACGAGGUGCCCAGCAAGCUCGAUGACGACAUUGCCGCUCUGAGGGAGUGGAUCAGGCAGCAGCCCCACCUAAAGGCACGCACAGAUGAUCAGUUCCUGGUUAACUUUCUGCGUGGCUGUAAGUUCAGUUUGGAGCGGACGAAGGCCAAGAUUGACAGGUUCUAUACGCUACGUACCAAAUACCCCGACUAUUAUGGUGGUCCCAAUAUGGAUGUGGACAAAUCCCUGGAGAUCUUCAAGCUGGGCACCAUUGUUCUACUGCCACGUCCCCUAAACGAUAAUGGGCCCCGUUUGGCUUUGCUCCGCAUGGCCGCUUAUGAUCCCGAUAAGUACACCUUUCAGGAGGUGAACCGGGCCAGCGCUCUCAUGCAGCAAAUCAUGCUCGAUGAGGACGAUGUGGCCAUCGUGAAUGGCAUGAUUUCCAUUUUGGAUCUGUCCAAUGUCACCACUGGCCACUUUCUGCAAAUGACACCGUCGUUUGCCAAGAAGAUGACCGUCUUCCAGGAGGAGGCACUGCCCCUGCGACCCCAGGGAAUUCAUUUCAUCAACACACCCAAUGGUUUCGAGACCAUUUUCAAUAUGAUCAAGCCGAUGAUGUCUAAGAAACAGCAGGGUCGCCUCUAUGUCCAUGGAAGCAAAUGGGAAGGACUCUUUAAGCAAAUACCCAAGAAGUAUCUGCCUGUUGAGUACGGCGGAGAAAAUGGUUCGAUUCCGGAGCUCCUUAAGGAGUGGGAGAAGCGUAUUGAGGCUCAUAGAAGCUACUGGGAGGAGGAGAACAACUAUGGCACCGACGAGAGCCUCCGAGUGGGCCAGCCCGUGGAUUUCGAGAGCCUCUUUGGAUUACAAGGAUCCUUCAGGCAACUAAAUGUGGACUAAAACGGGCACCCGUUUGGAGAAACUACUAAAAAUAGACUCAACUGCAGCUCUUAUCUUGGCAUACAAAGUUUAGGAACUCAAGUACCAAGAGGUUUCUUAACUCUAAUCGAUUUUUGAUAAGAUAAUAAUAAUAAUAAAUGAUAACUAGAACAAUGGAGGGGAAAAACAAAUUCGAAACUAAAGCAAAUAUUGUAAAACUUUUUAAUUAUUAUGAAAUUAUGUUAAAAGAAUAAAGGGGAAUAAAUUUCGGGAAGACGAAUUUUAUAUA